ACACUUUCAUUUUCAUAUUUUAAUGUUUUUUUCCUUAUCUUGUGACAACUACAGGUUAGACGACAUGCUCAUUCGCUUGAGAGAACAAGAACACACACAAAUCACACCAAGUGAGAACUGUGUGUGUGCUGCGGAAGAACAUUGUUGCCGGAUCUACUUCUCUCUGUUCGUGUUUAUGACGAAUCACGCAGAGAUUGCACUUUGAGAAGUGGACUGAUUAAUAAUAGAUUAAAACAAGAAUCUGAAAAUGGCAACAGAAAAAAGUGACUCUGAUGAAGAACAUGAUUCACGUGAGCUGAGGAUUGUGUUGCUGGGAGUUUCUGGAGCUGGAAAGAGUUCAACCGGAAAUGCAAUAUUGGGUCGAGAGGCGUUUAAAGAGAACAGAACCAGAGAGAGUGAGAAACAGAGAGGAAGAGUAGAAGACAGAAACAUCUCCAUCAUCGACACGCCAGGAUUCUUCAACACUCAUCUGUCUAAAGACGAGCUGCUGAGACAGAUGCUGAGAUGUCUGUAUUUUUCUCAUCCUGGUCCUCAUGUGUUCCUGCUCGUCAUCAACCUGGAGAACUUCAGAGAGGAGCAGAGGAACAUCGUGGAGCAAAUUCAGGAGAACUUUGGAGAUCAAGCUUUAAAGUUCACCAUGCCACUGUUUAUCGGAAGAGAAAAUAUAUCCAAAACGGAAUGGAUUCAAAUCACUCAAAGUGAAAAUACGAAACAGCUGCUGAGCUAUUUUAAGGGAAUAUUUCAUGUGAUGAACAGCAAAGAGGACUGUGAUCCCUACCAAAUCACGAUGCUCCUAAAGAGAAUUGAUGAAAUGGUGAGAAACAAUGAAGAACGACACUACAGUGGUGUGAUCUACUACCAGAAGAAUCUGAGAAAACUCAACGAGCAGGACAGAGUGGAUCAAGAAGAAUUAGACAUAAGACAAGAAAGGGAUACGGUGCAAGAACAGAAAAGAAGGGUGAACCAGGAAGAGAAAGUUGACACCAAAAGUGAAGAGAGAUCAAAAGAUGACAAUCAGAGAAGACAAGAAGAAGUUAACGAGUGGAGAGGAUGCAGGCUAGUACAAACAGAUCUGAACAGGACACAGACGGAAAGCCAGAGAGAGGGAUGGAACCUACAAGAAGAAAUCAUAACAAGACAUGCACUCAAACAAGAUCUGAAGAUUGUGCUGCUGGGAAAAUGUGGAGCAGGAAAGACUUCAGCGAGAAACACCAUCCUGGGCAGAAAAACACCUCUCGUCCAGAUACACACUCUGGCCUGUAAGACAAAAGAAGCAGAUGUGUGUGGAAGAAACAUCUCAGUAAUAGACACUCCAGGAUUUCUCGAUGACGCACUCCACAAUGAAAAACUGAAGUCUGCGAUAGAGCGUUCUGUCUUCAUGUCUGAUCCUGGUCCUCAUGCGUUUCUGCUGGUGAUCAGCCUGUAUUAUUACAAAGCGAUGAAGAACACCGUCAGAUGGGUUCAGGAAAACAUCGAGCCAUGUGUUUUGACUCACACAAUUGUGCUCUUCACUAGCACCGACUGGAUGUCGUGGUUGAAAUGUCCAGCGCUGGAUGAAUACGUCGCAACAAACAGUUGUGUGAGAUCCCUGGUGGACAGCUGCGGUGGGAGAUAUCACUCGCUGAAUAACAAGGACAGACACAACCACUUUCAGGUCAAUAAGUUGCUAGAGAAGAUCGAGGAGCUGGUGAAGAGAAAUGGAGGGAGACCGUAUGCCAAACAAAACAUAUUUAAAAAGGCCCCCAAAAAAUAAUCGAAGCAAAAAAAGAGGACAUACUACAUACAUACAUAGACAAAUCAAUAAAAGCUUUCUUCAGCAUCCUCUCCCAAAUUGGAUUACAAAGGGUUUAUUUUGAAUAUUGUUUGUAUAUGUAAUAUUUGUUUGUAAUCUGCUGACACAAUUUUGAAUAAAUAUAGUGCGUCAUUUUU